UAGUUUCUCUUUGUCUCUCUCUCCAUAGGCUUGUGAUCUCUCUCUCUCUCCCUGGCAUCUUAUUUCUCUUGUCCUAUUUAUCAUCCCUCUAUCAGCUUUCUACCCCUCUUAGAAAAUUUAUUUCAUUGUCAUUUUUUACAAGUUAGAUUCUACCACCAGCGUACUCUAGUCCAAUCUUUACAAAGUUUACUACCAAACAAAAAUUUAGCUUCCAAACUAUACUGCCAAAUAAACUUCUAAAUUCAACACAUACACCAAAUUCCAUCUCAUAUCUUUUUGUUGAACCUUCUAUUUUUAAAAACUUGUUUUCAAAUCACGAACCAACCAGGGCCUAAGAAGCUGUGUCACCCAUAUAGCAAUGUUGAUGCGGUGGCUUAUAAUUGUUCUUGUUUCUACUGCGCUGUUGCCUCCCACCUUCAUAGCUCGACCUGAGGUAACUGUAGCAAGCCAUGGAGCAGUUGCCGCGGAUGACGGCCGAUGCUCCAGAAUUGGGAUGGAAGUUCUACGAGAAGGAGGUCAUGCUGUCGAUGCUUCAGUGGCUGCUGCUCUCUGCUUGGGGGUUGUGAGUCCAGCAUCAAGUGGCAUUGGUGGAGGAGCCUUUAUGCUCAUCAGGUCGGCCGAUGGACACUCCCAGGCUUUGGAUAUGAGGGAGACUGCACCUUUUCUUGCUUCUGAGAAUAUGUAUGCUGGCAAUGCUGCAUCAAAAGCUGCCGGAGCCCUGUCCAUUGGUGUUCCAGGGGAACUUGCAGGACUUCACGAAGCUUGGAAACAACAUGGAAGGCUUUCAUGGGCAAGGCUUGUUCAACCAGCUGAACGUCUUGCUCGCUUGGGGUUUAAAAUAUCUCCAUAUCUUCAUAUGCAGAUGGUUAGAACUGAACCAGGGAUAUUGGGAGAUGAGGGCCUGAGGAACUUAUUUACAUCAGGUGGAAAAUUGUUAAAACCAGGAGAUGUUGUCCGCAACAAGAAACUGGCAAAAACUCUAAGAACCAUUUCUAGAUUUGGUGUCAAGGCAUUCUAUAAUGGGUCAAUCGGAAUUAAUUUGAUAAGAGAUAUCAGGAAACUUGGAGGGAUACUGUCAAUGAAGGACUUGCAGAGCUAUCAAGUUAAGCUUAGAGUUCCCAUUUUAGCCCGUACGAUGGGUCUCGAGCUAAUCACCAUGCCUCCUCCUUCAGGAGGUUCUGGAGUGAUUCUUAUGCUUAAUAUUCUGGCUCAAUAUAAACCACCUUCAGGGCUUUCUGGUCCUCUUGGCAUCCAUCGAGAGAUCGAAGCGUUGAAACAUGUCAUUGCAGUAAGGACAAACCUCGGUGAUCCUAGUUUCUUCAAUGUCUCCGAAGUUCUUUCCAACAUGCUCUCCCCAAAAUUUGCUCAACAACUAAAGAAAACCAUCUAUGACAACAGGACUUUUGAUCCAAGCCAUUAUGGUGGCAGAUGGAAUCCAAUCAAUGACCAUGGCACCAGUCAUUUGUCCAUUGUCGACGCAGAAAGAAACGCCGUCUCGAUGACUACGACUGUGAACUCCUAUUUUGGCGCACACAUUCUCUCCCCAAGUACUGGAAUAGUCUUGAACAAUGAAAUGGACGAUUUUUCUGUCCCCGCUAACGUUUCUGCUAAUAAACUCCCACCAGCACCAGCCAAUUUCAUCAGGCCAGGGAAAAGGCCAUUAUCAUCCAUGUCUCCUACUAUUGUCCUGAAGGAUGGAAAACUGAAAGGUGUGGUUGGUGCAAGUGGAGGAGGCUUCAUCAUUGCUGGAACAGCAGAGGUUCUGUUGAAUCAUUUUGCAAAAGGAAUGGAUCCUCUCUCGUCUGUGAUGGCUCCCAGAGUUUAUCAUCCGCUGAUACCAAACGUGGUGAACUAUGAGAACUGGACAACUGUGUUAGGAGACCAUUUUGAAGUUCCUGCUAAAACAAGGGCAGUCCUUGCCAAGAAGGGCCAUGUCUUAGAAGGGCUUGCUGGAGGGACAAUUUGCCAGUUCAUUGUUCAAGAUUAUAGCUCAUUGGGAAAAGGUGUUGGCGUGGGAAAGCUUGUGGCGGUGAGUGAUCCCAGAAAGGGUGGGGUUCCUUCUGGCUUUUGAGAUUCUGAAUUGUUGGAUGUCAUUUUUUUUUCUUUUUUCCUAUUACAACUUUCAUUAUUGUAAUUACCGUUCUGAACGGUGAUUUUAUGGGUGUUAGUUUAAUAAUUUCUUCAUUCUUCUCGAGAGGAAGUUGAAACUC